AUGAUAAUCUACCUAUUUUUAUUAAUACAAGCUGAAGCUAUCGCACUAGUAGAAGAGCAAAGCAUCGAAGUAUACACCGUCUAUAGUGUGAUUUCAUUAGGACUCGUAUUUAUCUCUGGGCUUAUGUCUGGCCUCACAGUCGGUCUUUUAUCAUUAGACGAAUUUUAUCUUGAAUUAAAGCUUGAGUCAGGCACUAGUUCAGAAAAAAAGCAAGCAGAAAAAAUAUUAUCAACUAUAAGCAACCAUCAUUUAGUGUUAGUAACUUUAUUGCUUGGCAAUGCUGCUGCUAUGGAAGCUUUACCUUUAUUUUUAGAAGCUAUAGUAUCCCCAAUCUUAUCAAUAGUCAUAAGUGUUCUCUUUGUCAUGAUUUUUGGAGAAAUUUUUCCACAAGCUAUCUGCACUGGGCCUGAUCAGCUAAAAAUUGCAUACAGGAUGUGCCCUGUCGUGAAAUUUAUAACAGUCCUUUUAUUUCCAUUGAGCUAUCCUAUAGCUAAAUUACUAGAUAAAGUCUUUGGAAUUAAAGAUUCAACGAAGAAACUAAAGCAUGAUGAGCUGAAAACGCUUAUUUCGCUUCAUCAAGCAAUUGUUAAUAGCGAAAAUGAAAGAAGAAAAUCAGGACUUUUUAUUAGGCAGAUUAAAAUAAUUCAUGGAGCAAUGGAUUUAGGCAAAGAAAUAGUGAAAGACCAUAUGAUCCCAUAUCAGAAAAUGUAUUGUUUAAGCAAUGAUACAAUUCUUGGCAAAAAGAAGCUAAAAGAGGUGCUAGUUCAAGGAUAUAGUAGAGUUCCUAUUUAUAAUGGUGAGUUUAAAAAUGAUAUCAUUGGCAUAUUGAUGGUCAAAACACUUUUAGGUGUCGAAAAAGGAAAAGCUAUAAAGGAUUUAAAGAUUCCUUUGAAAAAUCCAUUUUUUGUAAGAUCCAGAAUGACUUUGUUAGAGCUGCUACAAAAAUUUAAAUUUGAAAAAAUUCAAAUGGCAAUUAUCAGAGAUGAUGACAUAGUUGAAGGUCUCAUUACAUUUGAAGAUUUGAUGGAGCAAAUAUUAAAAACAGACAUAUUAGAUGAGGACGAUUAUGAUAAACUGACAGGAUUUGUAGCUGGCAAUAUUAUUCGGGCACGGACCCAGAUAAUUCGGCCAGUAAGAACUAUAAUAUAA